AAAACUAAUCAAGCGCCUGCCCAAAAAUGAUUGGAUCAACGUGGCCAUCAGCAGAGGCUACCGACGCAUGAUCCUCGCAGUUCACACUCAAAAGGACAGAGGGCUUUACAACAAGCCCUGCUAUCUCCGUCCCUCUUCGAUAUAUCCGGCUAGUGCGCGCUCGCGCAUACACAAACGCAGAAAGAAGGGAAGGUUUUUAAUCCAUUAAUGGGGAAAAAGGGCUUCAUAAGAAUGAAAACGGAUCGAGUAGAGGCGAGUGAGCUGAUAAGGUCUGAUCUGAAACAGCUUGGAUACACCGCCAAAAAGCUCACUACCGAUGCCAUCAAGCUUGGCAGCCUAGGCUUCGGCACCACCUUCCUCGAAUGGGUUGCUUCUUUCUCUGCAAUUUACUUGUUGAUUCUGGAUCGAACAAAUUGGAAAACAAACAUCCUUACAUCUCUGCUAAUCCCAUACAUCUUCUUGAGUCUUCCUUCACUGCUGUUCAACAUCUUCAGGGGAGAGAUUGGUAAAUGGAUUGCUUUCGUUGCUGUUGUGUUGCGCCUUUUCUUCCCACGCCGUUGCCCAGAUUGGCUGGAACUUCCAGGGGCUUUGAUUCUUUUGAUCGUAGUGGCUCCUAGUUUAAUUGCAGACACCAUAAGGGACGACUGGAUUGGGGUGGUGAUAUGUCUUGCGAUAGCAUGUUAUUUGCUGCAAGAACACAUCCGCGCAUCGGGUGGUUUCAGAAAUUCUUUCACAAAAGCCCAUGGCAUCUCAAACACGAUGGGGAUAAUCCUUCUGUUGGUCUAUCCGGUCUGGGCACUUGUACUUGACUUCAUAUAGGGCGCACUCUUGGCAGCAUAUUUUGUGAACCAUCUUCUUUGUAUCAUUUGUUCUCGAAGAUCAACAAACUCAUUUCAUUUGCAUUGAUAUGUGGCUCAGAUAUUUGAAUAGAAACUGUGUGUUUCAUUCUGUUUGAAUGUAUAAAAGGCUGGCAUAAUUUUUAUGUUCUUUCA